AUGUCCACACCGAGGGCGCGAAUGAGAAGCGAGCGCGAGGCAAAGUUAUCAGAUGUCAAUAAGCCAGUGAUUGGGCUUCGGCCUCUCAAGGAAAGGAACAAGCGAUCAGAGGCUAUGAUCGAGGAACAGGUAGAUGAAUUUAAAAAAAACACUCAAAUGUUCUUGAUUGGCAUGGAGGGAAAUUUCUAUACUUGAAUAAUGUGUGGUUCAACUUUUUGCGUGGUGUUGCGGUUUUGGGCCGUAGUCUGUCGAUAGAACUGCCGAGCCUAGUUCAUUUGUCACACUGCGCUUGCAAUUGUACAUAGGACAUAAUAUUAAUAUUAAUUUAAUAUAUUUAUGUAAAUAGAAUCUACGGCGUUACGCAUUGUAUGGGGUCUCUGGCUCUUUCGCACAACUCCAAAGGCUCUCUUAUUAUUAUUAUUAUUAUAUUAUUAUUAUAUUAUUUUUUAUUACUAUUGUUUGUUGCCAUCAAAUCGUAAUAAACAAUUUGACUUACAUAUAUUACUAUGCUCCCCCACCCCCCACUGGCAUGGGGGGAUUUUCAGAAAUUCCACCCUGAUGAUAUGCCAGUACCCUGUUCUGGAUAGUACUUCUGAUUGGUCAUGCUGCAUGUGAAAUUUGCUUCAACCAAUCAAAAGCACUACCCAGGGUAGUGACACAUUAUUUUAGUAAUGGUAUGUCUGUGCUCGUUCCUCAGCCAUCAUUUUGCAGGGAAACUAGGCUACUAGUACGUGUACAUGUAAUGUAUCAGGCCUUCUGAUAUUUUGCAUGGUCAUGGACCUGCAAAAUUCAGGUAAAUCCGUGAAAUACUGCAAAAUUCACAAAAACAUGCAAAAUACCAUGAAAUUUGGAAGAAAUCUUAUAAAAUACAUGUCUGUACUGCAUUAUCAUUAUCAUUAUCAUUAUCUCAGCUAUUGGGGCUAUAUUUACUUGCCGUGCUAUAUUUACUUGCCGUGCUUUACUUUAAACAUCCCGAAACUAGCAGGUGUAGAUUAUGUUACGAAAAACUGGGCAUUAGCCAUGAUGUUAAAGGCUUUGCCAUUGGUUCAUUUCUGGAGCAUUUUGUUGUUGAAAGAGCAAAAUAAUGUCUGACCUCUGUUAGAAAAAUGUUAAAAAUGCUGGUCUGAUCAGCGCAAAACUGAUCGAUUUCUAGCAAAAUUUGCCCCGAAAAUUCCUGCGAAAUUUGACUUUUUUUCUGCGACCUAUCAGAAGCCCUGAUAUAUCUAUUAAGUAAAGGUGGGGAAGGGUUUGGGCAAGUAUAGCUCAUUCAGGUAUGAUUGUUUGAUUGUUGUAAGUGCAAAACCAUUCAACCACGUGGCUAAAGAAAAGCUAAGCUGGUUUUCUAUUAUUCAAGCUGACUUAAUCUGUACAUUCAAAAUUAUCCCAUGGCUUUGUUUUGCAGAGCAAUUUUGAACUGUUGGGAAGUUCUUUUCCAUCUGGUGAAAUAAGCUGGUGGUCUGGUCUUAGUGAUAUUUCAGACCACAGCCAGUGCAAUUUUAUCCAGACAUGUUUUUCCAUGAUUGUAUGUGUUCAUAUAAUUUUUAGAGACUUUAAUGCAUUUUUUGUCUUUGUAGUUGUUGUUAAUGAGGGAAACUCAGAAUGUUUUGUACAGAACUCUAGAGAACCUUGAAAAGGCUUUAACAGAGGUAAGAUAAAGAACGAGAUUUGCUUUGCUUACUUCUCGUAGAAGAACGGGCCCAUAGUAUUCUUUGAACAGGAUCAGAGACAUAUAAUGUAGACCCUGGUGUUAUGGCUUAUCUAACUUGUGCCAUCAUUUGUCUUGCCUUGGGUGGAGAGUAUGUCUUUAUAAUUAUUAUCAUAAUUAUCGUACAUGGAACCCAUUAUUAUUACCAGUAAUCAAAAGUCAAAACUUAUCUUUUGAUCAAAGGUAUUAUAAUUGUCACUGUAAUGAUAAUCAUACAAUGUACUUUCUUUUUUUAUAAUAAUUAUUAUUAUUAUCAUCUUCAAAAAUGUGUUUAUUUUAGGAUGAAUUUCUAAGGGGAGAGAAGGAAUUGCAGCAACUAUUUGACAAAAGCGAGGAGUUACUUGUUAUUGUGCAGGUACUAUUAAAAGCUGUCUAAUGCAUAUAUAAAUCUCAGCUACUCUUAGUGAAAAUUUUGGAUUUAUAUAAUAUAUAGAUUGUUUUGGAAAAGAAAGCAUUCACCGUUUAAUCCUAGACAGAGUUAUAGUAAGACCAUUUCUUCAUUUUAAAUUUCAAGUUGUGAAGAAAAUCCUAUAAACUGUUUUACCAUAAACCUCUUUGAUGUAAGUUCUUUUGCAUCGUACCAUUUAUUGUGGAUUUUAAUACUGCUUGGCCAUUGUUUGAACUGAAAGGGUUUCCUAGUUAACUUGGUUUCAUUAUGUUGUUCAGGUUUAAACAAGCUUUCCACUUUUGAAUCUCCAGCUUCCUUUAAACCGUGUUAAGUACAUUUUGUCCAUGACUGUAUAGUUUAUGAUUCAGUAAAAAAAAACAAAGGUAUGGUUUCCUGUUUCAGGUGUUAAUGAAAAUUCGAAAUGAACUUGCGCAUGCCAGGAUGGAUCUAGAACGAGCCAUAAGAGGAAACUGUGGGGUAAUAUUAUCCACAUGUAUUUGAAAGUACUUGUACAUGUUGUCAUUGAACCUUGAUUUUAGACGGUCAUGUAGUUGUUUUUGUUUAGUAACUGGACUGGCACACAAAUCAAGGAGAACAUUUUGAAUACAAAUACACAGUUUACACAUGUAAUUAUUAUUUUAUUACUACCAUAUGCAGGUUGAUGCUGCCAAAAAAAGAGUAAAAUGGCUUCAAGAUAGGCUGGAAAAAGUUCUACUUACAGCCAAAAGUUACUGUCACCUGUAUAACAGAUCUUUACUGAGAAGCAAGGUAAAAGUUUAUAAUGACAGUUCCCAGUACCUGUAGCUAAUUUGAGUCUUUCCAUGACAGGGAUGUCACUAAGAUUUCAAGUUGCUGGGUAAAUACAACAAGUAGGUGGGGAAUCAAACAGUCAAGGAUUUCUUUUGGUUCUAUUUUUCUUCUGUUUUCCUAUGAAAGUAGCCAGGGGCCAUGUUCAUUUUAGUAGCUGUGGGAAAUCCCCAGCUCCCAGCUCUUGAUGACAGCCCUACAUGAGCAGUCCAGAUCACAUUUACUGUUGGUGAUAGUGCAAUCAGGCAAUGUUUUAAUAUGUUAAGCUCAGUGCAAACAGACACAACAUUAUUGGCCAACAACUCCCAACAUUGUUGGAUGUUAUAUGCUGCGUUUAUUUGGACACCCUGUCGCAUGUUGUUGUGCGUUGUUGGGAGUUGUUGCACAAAGUUUGAAACUGGUCAAACUUUUUAGAGCUUCGUGCAAACGGAAGCAACAACUCCCAACAUUGUUGGGCCAACAAGGUGGGGAGUUGUUGUGUCCAUUUGCUUGUAGCUUUACAGGUCAAAAUUAAUUGAUUUCAGGUUAAAAUUUUAUAACCUACUGUGCAACUUGUAGGUUGAUUCUCACUUUCCAUUGUCUUCUAGGGCUAGCUAGGAAAUAAAGGAAAUUGAGAAUUAACCUAUACUAAAGUUAAUAAGGUAAAUCAAAAUUAACCUGAAGUCAAAUUUGACCUGUAACAUUGUGUUUAAAUGAUGACUGUAAUGUUGUUUAAAUUGGAUUCUCCACAUUUUAUAAAUUUAUGUUAAGUCAUUUUUAAUGUUAAUAAGACUUUAUUUUAUAACAAUUUCUUUUCAACUUUAGACACCCCAGUCUGGCUUAAAAGAUCAAAUUUCUGAAAAGAUUUGGAAUAAACUUUCUGAAGGCCAACAGCAACUGUUGCUUGAAAGUGAGGCAAAGAACAAACCUAGUAUUGUGGAUGACAACCAGGCCUUGCCAAUUGUGAAGGAAAUUACAAAGAUGCAGUUGCCACAGACUGAUUCAGUAGGUAAUGGAUGUCCUGUUCCGAUGUUUUGUAAAUCUUGGGCUUUUUAUUUAAUGCCACUCAAACAUAUAACUACAUGUACACUAUCCUUCAUUUACUGACAUUUUUCCUAUUCCACUUCAAUCCUGAAAAUGCCCAAACCUAUUGCUACAGCAGAGGGACUCAGUGACAACAAUGAAUGGGAGAGGGGGGAAAUCUUAUGUACAAGUCAGAAUUCCUUCUCUGAGGUGCAUACCAGAAAACCUUUUUUGCAAAAGCAUCUACUUAUUUGGCAACUUGUUGUAGCUUAAGGUGCAUAAUGUUACCAGUCAAAAUUAAAUUUUAUAGGUUAGAAUAAUUUUUUUAACCUUCAAUGUCGGACAAAAAUAGUAGGGACACUUCCAACUUCUGGUCCAUCUCCUUGUCCUCCCAAUUAGCAAUAAUAAAUAUUGAAUGAGGCUGAGUAUCAUCUGAAGAAUUAUGGAAAUCGAGGGGGGUGUUACGGCCUUGGCAGAUAACACCCUCUGAGAUCUCUAUAAUUCUUCAGAUGAUACAAAAGUCAAUAAUAAUUAUCGAAUUCAGCUUUAUUAUUUAGUCAAAAUAGUUUUAAAAACAAGCUAUUAAACAUGCUUACCUUCAUCGAUGUUAAGUUCAUCUUCGAUAGUGCAUGUUUAUCUGCAAAUUUAGGAGAUAAAGGGUUGUUCAGGUCUGCAAAAAUUCUCCACAUUUUUUCUGUACCCUGUAGCGGAUGUCGUCCAUCGAGUUGUGUUCUUACUGUUCUUGCUAUGUUUUAGUCAAUAGUUGGCCCACUUCUUCCUCGUGAAACGAGUGAAAUAUUCAGCCAUUUUUUAGUCACUACCAAAACAACUCAACCUUGUCGCCAGGUCUUCUUGGUUAACAGUUCAAUAUUCUGGCAAAUUUGCUGCACGAUUCCUAAUUUCAAUAUUGCAGUGUUUUUGUAUGUUUACUUAUAUACCAUACCUUGUUUUUUUAGAGGCUGUAACAGUGGAGAGUGAGAAAAGAAAUACAGAAUUUAAGGACGAAGGGUCAGGUGUCUCGGUAUUCAUUACAGAUACAGUACAACAGGGACAUGGUAUUGGACCUACCACACAAAACAGGUAAAAUUUCAGACAUUUUCAGUUAGUUACUGUUAAGUCUAAAAAACUUUGUUGAUUGUACAAUGUAGGGUGCGUGCAAUUGAGCCGUGCAAAUAUAGUUGAAUUUUAGCACUCUUUUUAUAGACACGAAAUUCUAGUUUUAACUUCUGUUUUGUGUUAUAUAUAAGUUAAAAAUCUUUGCAGUCAAGAAUAAAAAUUCCACUCCAAAUAAUGAGAGACCUUUGAAUACUUAAUGGUAACCAGAUUCACAAACUGGAAAAGUUUUUGCUUAAAAGAAGUAUACCAGUGCAUGUAGAUCAACUUACACUUACAGUAAUAUUGUUGUUUGACAGAAAACAGAGAAAAAGAUCCGAUGGCUCCAAACCCUCUGGUGAUAAUUUAGGCUCCAACAAAAUGAUAGAACUGUUUCCUCCGACCAGUCCACGAGAUCGUCAUUCUGACCAAGAAUCAGUCACCACUGCUGAACCUCAGUCAGAGCCAGAAGACUUUGAUGAUCACAGAUCUGAAUCCAUUGUGAGUUCUGUAGGUGUUCAUGAAGCAGAUGGGACUGAACAUGAUACGAGGAGUGUUCCAACACUGGAAGUAACUACUCCUUCUGACGCGGAUGACAGAACAAGUAAAGGUACAUGUACAUACUUUUAUUGUGGAUUUCUAAAUACAGUGGAACCCCAUUACUAUACAGUUGUGUACGCUUGGGCUGUGAAAUCCUGGUUGUAGUUUAAAGGAGUUGUAUAACAAGGUUUUUAACAAACUGAACUCUCAAAUGAUUGUUUGGACUGAGCUGGAAUUCAACCUAUACUUUGUGGGAGAGGCUAGUACUAACAAGCCCGUGAAUGAGCUCUCCAUUUUAAUAAUAAUAAUAAUAAUAAUAAUAAUAAUAAUAAUAAUAAUAAUAAUAAUAAUAAUAAUAAUAAUAAUAAUAAUAAUAAUAAUAAUAAUACUUUGUUAUCCCCUUCCUUUAUGGGGCUUUUCAGGGAUAAUGAAACUUAAUUAAUAAUUCAAAUGGGCUUUAGAGUGGAAUCAGGAUUAGAGAAACUUAAGACAUUUUAAGUAAUGGAAUUUUUUAAACAAAACCACUUAAAAUUACGAUUUAGGCCAUUAAGUUUACUGGUUCCAAUCAUUUAAUUGAUAGAAGAGAAAUUAUUACAGUGUACAGCUGUAGUUCCAGAAAAUAUUUACUGUAUCUCCCACAAAAGGGAUCUGAUCCCCUCCCCUUUGGAAAUUCCAGUUUAGAUUCAAUGUAUCGUUUUAAAUUUUUGAGUCUUUGAGUACCCCUCUGCCGUUGGAAUUUCCAAUCCCUUCAGUGAGGGCAUAGGGAUAUUUAAUCUCGAACAACCACAGCCGGCUCAGACUCCAUAUGGGAGUUCACUGGAAUUUGAAUAGUAUAAUAUAAGAGAAUGUAUGGAAAAUAAACAAAAUAUGUUCUAAAUUUCAUUUGUUGAAAAAUUUGAAGCUUUUUUAUCGAGUUUAAAUAUAUUAUACACAUAACACAAAAGCAGGUUGAGUCAUUUAUAUUGUGAAUUUUUUCAAAAAUGCAACCUAGAACAUAUUUUGUUUAUUUUCCAUACAUUCUCUUAUAAAAUUCAAAUUCCAACGAAGUCCAUAGGUUCUGGGUCACCUGUGGAACUACAUUGUACAAAAAAUGAUUUGUAAAGCAAACUUGUGCGUGUGAUUCCUUCCAGGCCCAGAGCACUCUCAAGACGUGACUGCAGCUUCAAGAAUAAAUGCAGUAGAGGAGGAAGAUGAUGUUUUCGUUGAUACUGAUGAUGAGGAUAAGGUUGAAGCAUACUGGGGUUCAGAUCAUCACAAGUUUGAGUGGUCGGAUUAUAUGCAAAGCCUUGAUCCACGUUCAUGGCAUGCCCUUGGACUUGGUAUCCCUGAAAGCUUCUUAUCUAAAGGUUGGUAUUCAACUGCUGCAAGUACACCUUUUUGCGUUAAAAGAAUAACCUUCCCAGGUUUGAUUUGCCCGGCAAACUUUUAAGAUCAAAUCAGAUUGACUGUUUGCUGAGAGCUCCCACUACAGCUGGACUUAUAACCGGCCAAUGUUUUGCAACCACAAAAACACUCUUGUUGUCUUACAGUUUAUCAUCGUGUUUGAAAUAGAGUUUGUGCUUAACAGUGAUUCUCUAUAUCUUUAUGUGUUGCUAUUAGCUAGUGUAAGAUCAUGAUUGCAUGCAUAAUAUAUAAAAAUCAUGUCAUUCAUUAUGUCUGAUGACAAGUUGCCUUUGUUUGCUGCAAAAAGUAUAUAAAUAUUAUUAUACAGAUGAUGGUUGGGUAUUUUACAGACAUCUUCCUGUAUCUGGUGAAUAAUAUUUUUCAAAAUGAAAUUUUUUCCUCUUUAGAAAAAACACAUUUUGACCCAGAUUUACCUUGGAAAGAGAAGCCAAUGAAAGUUAAUAGUGUCAUUGAUGUACAUGUAAGUAUUUGUAAGAAAGUUUUAAAUCAUCUGAGUCUCAAAGUACUUCUCACUUGCAGCCUGCAGCAAACAUACACUACGAAUGAAACUAAUAAUGUUACAAAGGUUAUUACUUGUUUUUUUAUCAAUAGCGUGGGAAGCAGCCAGCUUGGCUUUUCGUGACACCUCUGUUGGUUUCUCCUCAAAAUGACGUCUGAGGAACGAGCCCACUAAUUCCAUAGUGGUGAUGCAUCAAUACCCACAUCUAACCUGUGAGCAAGCUCUUGGGGCACUCUGACGGUGGGGCGGGAAAAGGAAGGAGAGUUUGCAACUAUGUCUCUGGAAUUUAAAUUCCACCUUCAAUUCCCCUUUGGCUCCCCAUCAACUAAGCAGUCAGAUUUCCACCGAUCAGCGCAAAGUGGAAAUGAGUGCAAAUGUAAACAAACAUUGAAAAGCAAGUGCCAAGGGUAAUGAUGUCAUUACUAAUGUCAUCUCCGCCAAUUAGCAUUUCGCAUUGACUUUUGCGAUGCAGGUAUUCAGAGAGAUGAAGUUGCAUUUUAGCCCUCCUUCCUUUUCCCACCCCGUCACCAGAGCGCCCCGGGGAGCUUGCUUGUAGGCUAACCUACAUCUGGGUAGUGCUUCUGAUUGGCUAAAAAUUUGCUUCAUCCAAUCAGAAGACCUACAUGUACCAGAUCUUAGUAGUGAUGCAUCAUCAAUAUGAAAUUUUUGUCUCAUUGUCCAGACGUCAUUUCGCAAGGAAACCUGUGUGGGGUCAUAAAAUAUCAACUGUUUCCGCAGGCUAUUUUAUCACUUUUGAUACAUUACUUUCAUUUGCCCCGUUUACAGAUACAUAAGUACGGCAAUGGUAAAAUUGACGAUGCGUGAAAUGAUCAUUAUUACUUUUUUGUUUGGCAGAAAAUUGCUUUGGAUAAACUACUGGUGAGGCUUCACAAGAUGUACGAUGCUAUUGGCCAAGCAACACAAACAACGAUUGAUCCAGCUACAAAAGUUGAGAAAAUAGAAACAGUCAUGGGAAAGCUGGACUGUAAGAGCUGUUGUACAUUUUAAAAUAAACCAGUAGUUUUUUCAUCGGCGGUAAUUUUCUUGAGGUUCAGUUUUAUUGAAGAGGUAAGAUCACAACAACUUUUCAAGCAAAAUCGUCACUUGCUCUCUUUUUUGACCAAUGUAACCACCUAAAAUUAUGUGAUUAUGAAAGGUAACUUCUUGGUGGAAAAAGCUCUGUUACACUGCGGUAAUUUCCCAGACAGCAGAUGGUUCAGAGUCAUUAAUUUAUGUUUCAUUUUGUGCUUAUAGUUCAGUGGUUAGUCUUGAAUCUCAUUGAAUUAGCCAUCAGGUGGAAAAUAUAAUGUAUAAAUUAACAGCUGUCAAGUGAUUUUUGGUGAAAUAAUCGCCGAACGCAAUUGUUGAAUUAAUAACGAAAUGUCAAAAUCCUUUUUUUGUUUUAGUGGAAGUGGAAGGGCCAGGUUCAGUUACAGAGAAACAACAGGUACUUAACUAGCACAUUAUUUUAUUAGAGCCCCGCGCUACGGACACCAGCUGGCGAACAAUUGUCUUUGUCCCGAGAAAGAGCUCAAAUUAUUGAGGAUUUUACCCCUCUGCUGUCUUAUUAAGGAUAUAACACGCCUUUUUAAAAUAUGAUUUCUUUGGUUUCGUCAGGGUACACAACCUUCGAUAUCAAAACAAGCCAGCCGUGUUAGUUUGCCUCGAAUUAUCAGCCCAGUUGGUGGACAGAAAAGUAUAAUGUCCAUGGAGAAGUACCCUGUAACCAUACAUGAACCUUCAGCUGUAAGAACUGCACGGCAGGUAUGAGCCUUAAUAAUUUCAUGUCUCCCCUCUCUUCAUCACUGCAAUGAAUAAAACACUACUGUUUCACCAAUAACUUUACUCUGUACGUGCAUCAUGUUUAUGCAUAGAAUGCAAAACAGUCUGUAUUUUUGCGUAUUCAAGUGCGCGUGAACAGUCAAACGAAAGGUCUGGAGCGAGGCUUAAAACGGAGAGCGAGAUUGGGGAGAGAAGGCUCUUAAACCGAUUUUGAGAUAAGGAAAACCCGACUCAUGCAGUCAAACUUGUACAUUUCUUUGCCGUCAUUCCCCACUUCAGAAUAUCUUAAGAGAAUGGGUCAAGAUUUGGGCGCAAUGAUUUCUGGGAUUGUUUUGGUGACAUGCGGUAGUCAUAAGUAACGCUUGAUCCCGGAAAUCGUUGCGCCGAAGGCUUGUAUCCAUUCCCCUUAUAGUCUCUGGUGUGGGGUAUGGUACCAAAACGGCGCAAAACGUCCUAAUUUCACGUUUUAUGGAGAACUAUUUUCCCACAUUUUCAUGCAGUGAACCCAUGAAUUGAACCAUUUUGUCAAUGCGAAGUACAUGGGGACGGGGAAAGCUCGAUUUACUCGCUAUUUGCCGCGUUCCUUCCACUUUGCUUAGUAAUAUAUAAUCGAUUUUCAUCAUUUCCAUUGAACCUUUUUUUAAAUUUUAUUUCAGAAUCGCCAAAAGCUUUAUCCUCAACAAUCAUCUGCCUGGUGUGAUGAUCUUGACAGAGGCAACCGGAUGCCAAGAAUUGUGAAAGUAAAAUCAAACCCUAAACUUCACAGAUCAAAAAGUGUAGCGCAGGUUCGUGUCGGCUGCCGGAGCAUAUAAGAGGGAUUUAACCUUAUUUUUAUUUUAUUAUUUUUUUGCUUUUGUUUUUUUGUUGUUUAUUUGUCUGUUUCUGUGAAUUUAGCAGACCCUACGUUGUAUAUUUGGGCUGUAAGAUGGCUUUCUUAACAAUUCGUCUGUAAGUUUAGGCCUCGUUCACUCUUCAUAUUCCGCUGUCCAAUCAUCUUUGUUUUCAAUGGUUUAAAGCAUUUACAACUAAAAAUUAUUGAGGAAGAUUUCAGGAAACCCACGAUGAGCCUGUGCUACUUACAGUUUACUGAUUAAAACAAAUAUUUUCAAAAACGCUGCCUCAAGUAGGAAUUUUUGGUAACGGAAAGUUAAAGUUUUCUAUGCGCGAACAGCAGAAACGUAGUUUUUUGACAACGCUCAAUUGCUAAAGUUCGAUCCAUCCAGUCUUUCAUAAAAUGGUCCAGCAAGCACAAGUCAGUUGAAUGGCGGAAAGGAAUAUAAAUACACUUGCAUGAGUAAAGCGUUUAACAUAUGAGCCUUCAAAUGUCUUUGUUUUCAAGUAAUAUCAAUUGUAAUGACAAUGCUUACAUGUGGCCACCUAUUUUACUGAGUAAUUUCUAACUCUUGCCCCAUAGCUACUAAAAACUUCGUAAGCCUUAUUUAUUUUUUUUUUACUUUAAUUGAGUACAGCUGUAUGUUUGAAAAAGAAACCUUUUGCCUUAAUCUUCCAGCCACGAUACUUGCCGAGAAAACAAGACAGUCCAAAAAGUGAGCGUCAACCAACAGAACUGUAAGUGUUAUUUAGAAAUUUAGUGUUCUACUGUUGUGGAGUUGAAGUACAAAGUAUAUGUUAACAACCUUCGGUACAUGGGUUUUUUAUUGACUUCAAAAGUGCUUCGACUUCCCAUUUACAGUGGGGAAACUGAAAAGUCUGAUUGGAAAAUCUAGUGGUUUAUGCCAUGUCGUUUGAAAAGCUGCAGAAAAUAUGGGAUGUCGUUUAAGGCGAUCAGUAAUUUUCCCAUUCGUGUUAAACUCCCCAGCGGAUUCAGGCAUGAUAAAUGUGGGACUUACUCACGCAUUCUUGUCUGCUUAACGCACACAGUAAUUUUCAAGGAGUUAAAAUAACUCCUCUAGUGGGGCUAAUUUAACUCCUUACAGUGGAGUUAUUUUUUGGGGAGUUAUUUUAACUCCAAGAAGUAGUUUAAAGAACUCUUUUUCAGGAGUAAAAGUGACCCCAGAUAUUGAGGAGUUAAAAUAACCCCCAAAAAGGAGAUAUCCUGUACCUAGAAUUUUUACUCCACUUUCAGAGUUAAAUUAACUCCAAAAAGAGUAAAAACAACCCAUGUAAAGAGUAAAAAUAACCUCAUUUCGGAUCUAUUUUAACUCCAGACUGGGAAUAAAAAGAACUCUUUUUCAGGAGUAAAAAUGACCCCAAAUUCGGAGUUAAAUUAGGAGUUAAAGUAACCCCCAAAAAGGGGUUAUUCUGUACCUAAAAUUUUCCUCCAUUUUUGGAGUUAUAAUAACUCGUUAAAAAUUACGGUGCAAGGCUGCCCACGCUUAAUGUAGGUUUUAAUGUAAUAAGCACCUUUACUAGCCUGACAAAACAACCGACAUUUCGUGACCCCACCCUGGUUUACCCGCAAAAUUCCUACUUCUGAGGAAUGACUGCAGAAAUUGAUAGUGAUACGUCAUCAGUACUGAAUUUCUGCUCUCGUUCCUCAGACGUUACUUUGCGGGGAAACCACUGGUGACGUCGCGAAAUGCCGGUUGUUUUCUUUGGUCACAUCUGAACCCAUGUUCAAUCAAUCAUUUCAGGGAUCUUGCCAAUGAAUCGAUUUGGAAGCCAUCGAUGGUAAUGAAGAUAGUUACUGCUCUGAAAGGUAUUGUUGCUGUUAAGUUUGCCUUUCCCCGUGUCUCAACUAACCAAUCUAAUAUACGCUCUAUCAUUUCCUUACUAAAUGUGGUAUGGCUCUCUGUACAGGAUUCAGUAUGGAAAGAGAACAGAGUUUGUUAGAUCGUGAUGGCCCAAAAUGGAAAAGAAUACAGGUACUGUCAGGUUAAUACCAUGUACUGAUAUCUUUAAAGAUACAGAUUCCCUUCCUGAAGAGGCCUCUCACAUCGAGAGGAAAAUGACAAGAAGGAGAGAGAAUCAUUUCUCUCAUUUUUCUCUCGCUGUGGGAGAAACCUAUAAUAGGCGACCACUUUUUUCGCGGCUAAACAGUGGUAGCUUAGCCACGGGAGAGACACUAGUAACUAGUAACCAGUCCUGCAGAGAUAUUAAAGGCUUUUAUAAAUUUGCAGUAAUGCUGUAAGCGUUUCUUUAUUUCUCGAAGUAAUUUUUUUUUCAGAUUCUGCUAGGUGAAGGAGGAAUUUUGUCAUCAAAUUCAACAAUAGCUGCAGAAGCUGCGAAGGUUUGACUUAUUAAUACUUUCACUAAGAUUUGUCUGCCGCUCGAGUCACAGGUUACCCAAGAGUGGGAAACCUGGGUACUAGAAUUGAAUUAAGUUUUUGAAAUGCACAGAUUAGCGAAUUUUUAUCUGCUCGUAAUUUUUUUCCUUUACUUUUAAAUGUACAAACAAAUUUUACAAGAAAGUGUCAUCAAACUGUUGAUCUCCUGGAGUCUUUGUUGGUUUUUCCACUCGACGUUCUGCAUUAUGCUUUUUAGAUUUCCUAGAGGAAGAAGUUAGGCCCUAGCUUUUAAGUGUGACUUUUGACCUCGGGAUUGGAAUACUGUCCGUUUGUACGGUUUUUGUUUUUACCGCAUUUUUAAAGCGAACUUCGGCGACUUGUCUGAAAUAUAUUCUCCAACCGCAAGUUGUCCCUUUACGUAGUUGUAAUAUUGUUGUCCACAACCUUUAGUUUUGUACUCAAGUGCAUUCUACUUAUGUUAUCAUUAUGUCAACGGCGAAAAAAACACUUUCAGUACAGUCAGGUCUAAUAAAAUAUACUUGCUGAUCUUUUUUCUAGACUAUUGGUCAACUAAAGUGCCAUGAAAAAUGUGUGGUAGAUACACUAAGUCAUGUGGUAAGUACCCACCUUUUCUGUUUAAGCAAAAAUAAAUUAGGGCCUCGAGCUUAGAAAUUUCAGGUGUUUUCCUUGUCUGAUAUUCUUUGUGUGGGUUCUAUAGAUAUAUGUUCCGGUUAAAACUAACCUUCGCUUCUAUUGGCAACGGUUACAUUCGGCCUAUGUUGUUAUGAAAGCGAUCCCUUCAAGUAGGCUAUAGCUGUUGAGUUUGAUCUUAAUAAGUUUCCGUUGGUCCUGUGUUCAUGUUUAAUUGUUCUUUUUUGCAGAUAAAAUUACAGAGAGAUCCCAAAGUCUGUUACGAAGCCUGCAAAGCAAUGAUCUUGUUAGGUCAGUCCACCUAUUUAUGCACAUACCUCUUAACUGCUUCGAAUGACACUUGGCGUGUGAUCUAAAGAGCAGCUGAAAAUAAGAAGCCUAGAGGAAUUAAUUUUUGUGGUAAUUUUAUGUUGGAUUAUUUUUGUACAGGUACGUGGGAUCCAUACGCCAUGGGGGUAAUCAGACAGUACAUCAAAAGAGGUAAAUGAUUAAAUGGUCUUGUAACUAAACCUUAAGAUGUGCCGCAGCCAUUUGUAGGCACAACUCAAAGGAAAAUUAACAAGUAGCGAGAAAUACGGGAAAAUAUGCGACUGAUACUAAGUGCGGAUAAACAUGCGCCUGAUGAUAAAUUUGAGUGGAAACGUAAUACAUAUGUUUUUUGCCGGUUGUCAAACAGUUUGAAAAAUAUUUGACGAAAAGUAUCGAGUGGACUUAAAACACCUGGUGCAUGACCUCGCACCAAUCACAUUCCUUCAUCAAUAGUUCUAUCGUUUCAUAGAUUUUUUCUCGUAAAAUGCAUUUAGUGUAGCUUUGUAGCAUCGAACACACUAGGCCGCUGUACGCUAUUCUCCCCAUUUUUGUGCCCAGAACUUGACGGCGAAAAAGAACCACGAGAAGACUGUCAAACGUUUUGUUUGGCAUGGAGUACAUGUACUGGAAGCAGCAUUGUCAUGUCGACAUGUCAUCAGAAGCUACUGUGACUGUGUAAAUGAACAAAAAGGCGUGUGGAAAGCAUAACACAUACAAUAAAAUAAAUAUCCAAAAAGGUGAUGAAUUGUAAGUUUUCCUCGUUUUAUUUCACUUUCUCAAAUUUUUGGUCACUCUCUUUCUUUCAUUUUUUUAUCCCAGGAAACAAGGAUAUUGUGCUGGAAUUGUUAUCAACGAUGACGAAAGCAAGAGAUAUAGCAUUUGUUGAUAAGGUAAGGAAUAAUUUUAAAAAAUUGGUAGAAGAAAGCAAAAAUAUAAAUUUGUUUGAGUGAGGAGCCUGACUUGUAAGAAGCCGACCUAUAUUCGUUAAUCGUUGAAAUAUGUCAGUUUGCCUUUAUUUAUUUACUUUUUCAAAUUGAUACACGAACUGUGUUUUGGCUUACAUAUUAUUGUGCUCUUUCAGACCACGGCUGAAUUCAAGAAGUUGGUGAAUUUGCUCAUCUUUACAAUAAAAACUCAGUCUCCCGAAAUGGCAUUUCAUGCCGCAGUGAGCUUGGGUCGACUAUGUGUGGUAGAACCAGUCUCGAAAUCGUACCUCAUUUCCAGGCUUCCUGGGCUGUCUCCGCACGAUAAAGGAGAGGUGGGUCCCUGUUAUUGUUAAUAUGAAUUUUUUAAAAAAAACAUUGCUUAGAGGAAGAAAUUCAAGGAAUUCCAUCACUAUGUGAAGAGACACUGAUAAACCUGGGGCGGAAAGGGCUGCCUGCGGAAAACUUGGACCAGUGAAAAAGGUAAACUACUUGAAGCCUUAAUCCCAAUUCAAACCAAAAUAUGCAAUUCAGUUUUCCUACCCUGUCUUAUUUCAGACCUGACCCAAAAUUCGAUGCCUUACUUCAGGCAAUCAAAUUAACCAAAGUGAGCUUCUUGAGAGAUGAAUAAAAGUGUGCUUCUUUCGAAGACCAAAACCAACUGUAGACUAAUCUGUACGUUAUUUCGGACCAGAGUAGAUGUGUGAUAGACCAUUCCCCUUGUCGACCUGUUACAUUAACUGACUUACUGGUUGAUUCAAUGAUCAUUUGAUUCACCUCCAGGCACUUUACGUUUUGAUCAAACAAAUGAACUGCAAGGACAGACUUGUUAUAGAUGCUUUACUAGAACAACUGAGUUCUGCUUACAACUGGAAGGUAAGACUUUUAUUUUGGCUACUUAUUUGCUCUAGGAAGUGUAUCUCAUUUUUCUACUCUUGUAGAGGCUAACAAGAUACUACUUUGAGGUGUUAAUGGCGGGCGAGUAAGGCAAGCUGCAGAUCCACUGAUCAGCUUUGAUUUGAAAAGAAUCGUUUAAACGCUUUUUCUAACACUCUUUUCCCUUUUUGUCUGUUGAACAGCUAAGAAUGGAAGCAGCAGACUUACUGAUCUUUAUGGGUAUGUACAAGUACGGCUUAACGGUUAUCUUGAUAUGAAAGCCAAAAUAAUACAAAAGGUACAAGCGAACAGACAAAAAAUCAAAAGAAAACAAAAUUUUACCUAAGUUCUCUCUCACGCACAAGUCUUGGCAGCACUGAUGACGGUGUGCAUAUAUGUAAAAACCUACUUGACCAUAUCUGCAGAAUGAGAAAAGGGAUUUUUGUUGUUUUUUUUCAAACUUUUCGCUUGCUUUUCAGUUCUUAUUUGACGUGAUGUUAUCUUUGGGAAAGUCUCCUUCACACGUGCUACGUAAUGUAAUGUCGUGGAUUAGAGGACAACAGGACGCGUCCUCUUUAAAUCAUAUAUAUUAUCAGUUAAAAUCAUGUUAACAGUAAGCUCGGACGUCAGCAUACAAGGGUGCCAGUGGCAGCCGCUAUCAGUACAUUUAUGAGCUCACCGUAACCCACCCAUAGCCCAUGAUAUGAAUGGUGCGUGAUAAACAAAGGACAAAUGCAAGCAGCGGUACACGCACAAGAGAUGUUCACUCGUCCAGUGUAGUAGCACAGUGUGAUUCGCACGCGCAUUUUAAAAGCCUGCAUCUAAAGAUGGCGGGCAAAAAUUUUUCACCUUGCGUUUGCGUAGUCCUGGUGCACACGUGUUUAGUGCAAACGCACGCACAAAAAUGCAAGAAUUGAAAAAUACUCCAAUCCUUUGGUCGAUGUUUGCGUUUGCGUUGACGUAGUUCACUCGCGUNGUUGUUUUUUUUCAAACUUUUCGCUUGCUUUUCAGUUCUUAUUUGACGUGAUGUUAUCUUUGGGAAAGUCUCCUUCACACGUGCUACGUAAUGUAAUGUCGUGGAUUAGAGGACAACAGGACGCGUCCUCUUUAAAUCAUAUAUAUUAUCAGUUAAAAUCAUGUUAACAGUAAGCUCGGACGUCAGCAUACAAGGGUGCCAGUGGCAGCCGCUAUCAGUACAUUUAUGAGCUCACCGUAACCCACCCAUAGCCCAUGAUAUGAAUGGUGCGUGAUAAACAAAGGACAAAUGCAAGCAGCGGUACACGCACAAGAGAUGUUCACUCGUCCAGUGUAGUAGCACAGUGUGAUUCGCACGCGCAUUUUAAAAGCCUGCAUCUAAAGAUGGCGGGCAAAAAUUUUUCACCUUGCGUUUGCGUAGUCCUGGUGCACACGUGUUUAGUGCAAACGCACGCACAAAAAUGCAAGAAUUGAAAAAUACUCCAAUCCUUUGGUCGAUGUUUGCGUUUGCGUUGACGUAGUUCACUCGCGUGUUUUUUUUCUACUCUAACACAUUUGCGUCGCUGGUGUGAAUCAGCCGUGAAUCUGUCUUUUGUGUGUUUAUUACAGGAGCCAGAGAUGUAUUUAAGGUCAAAAGCCCCGAUGAAGUGUUUGACACAUUAGAAAGAUUGCUGUGGGAUCACGCAAAUAAGGUAUGGAAUUGAGAAGCUGCGUAUAAUUUCUGCAGUAUGCGAUUUGGUAUUGAAAUUAGCUAAUCAUUUUGUCUGGCUUCGUUUGCGUCCGCCUGAUACAGACUUUUUUUUCCACAAAAGGACCUCCGUUUUUUUGGUGAAGUUGGUGUCUGUAUAACAAAGGGUAUCAGCUUUAUUUGGCGUCCGCUCAUUUUACGCUUUAUUUACUUUUAUUUUUUUUUUGCAGGAAUUAAGGAUAAAAGUUUCUGAAGCUCUGUCGUCACUGGAUUUACGACAAAGAGCAAUUCAGCUGGUUCUCCGGUAAGUGCAAACGUUUUUGUCAUUCAUGAAACUGUCCGUUUGUGUCCCAUAUCUGCCCGCUGCAACUCGAUUGAUUUUACACCAAAACGCACUACAUCAGUUUAGAAGUGAAGCUCUUUUUAGAGCGAAAUCAAUUCUAGUACUAAACUGUUCACCGCGCACAUGGUAUAUAAUAAACCAUGACGUACAAACCAGAGCCAUGUCACGAAAUUUAUCAAAAUUCAAACAGUGAGAACAGCCACCAGAUUGGGUGAAACUAAAAAAUAACUUCUCAGUACAUGGAAAGAAGGUAGAAAUAACUCAGCAAAUACAAAAGGAAGCGCGGAUGAACAAAUCUGAAGAAGAUGGAAACGGUUUCGCUAUAAUUCUGGUUUUUGAAAACUUGAAGACUUUUGUCGUUUGUAACGUUUGAUAUUUUGCUUAGAGGACAUAUUAUUCGACACGAAGCUCUGAUAUUGUUAUUCAGAAGUAAUUUCUCAAGCUCCGUAGCGAAUAGAGACGCGUAAUUGGUAUUAUUGACAAAAUGAACUAGAAAGCCCGAAAGCCGUGAUACAGCCUCUUGAAAUGCUGCCUGGUAAUACUGUUUAACAUUUGAUGAUUGUUAUUGCCUUUUGUUUUUAAUAUACCGGAAUGCGGCUUACUAAAAGCUGUCGUUUAAUGUAUUUAUCUGACAGACAUUGGCUUAUCUAGUGCAUUUUAAAUCAGGCAAAUUUCCAUUAGUCAGCUUAAACAAGUCAGGAGUCAGUAAACCAAUACACAGUAAUAACCAGUUGCACGUACGCGUUUCCCGCGUUUUGGUACAGCAGUUCACACUUCCUGUCUUGAUUGGUUCAUAGUUUGUUCGUCCGUUCUGAUUGGUUUGGCAUCAUUCAAAGAAAAACUUAGCACUUUAAAAAACGUAUCAUAAUGUUUUCUCUUUAAUAGACGUCUAGAAGACCCAGCUGAAGAAGUGCGAGCUCGUGCAGUGAUUUCAUUGGUAUGUUGA